AUGCAAACGAGGCUUCCGAGUAGCUCUUUACAAAGCCUCUCGUCUGGUCAAUUAGUGCUGAAUAUGAAACCUGAACCAUCAUUUCCUCCUGUUGCUGCUGCUUCUCCUUCUCCUGUUCCAAUAGCAACACCAUCAGGACGAACGUCAAGCUAUAUUGAUGAUCACAAACCCAGUGAUCCACUAUACAUGCUCGAUGGUCAAAUUGAAACUGUUAUACAUAACUUUUCAGGUGAACCUGCUACUACAUUCGAUCAAACGACUAAUGCUCCACUUCUCAGUAAGCUGAAUGAUAUUCGAUCUACAAAACCAAUGAUGGAAGAACUCAUGAAACUUCAAUCUGAGGAUGGUUCAUUUACGUUGAAUAAAGAUUUAGCUGAUGUACUUCAUGUCAAUGUUGAUAUGUUCAAUGGUCUUGAUUACUAUUUACGCGAACAAGGUUUUAACUCACUCGCUUUGAACAUACACAAUGAACUUGUUCGUUUGAUUGGUACAGGUGUUAUUCUGAUGUGGCUUGUCCUUCAAACACAAGUUUUACAACAGAAUAGGUUUCAAGUUUUAUUUAAUAUUGAACAAAUCAAAGUUCAUCUUUGUAAUCAUUUACCGGCUAGUAUGAACAAACAAAUUCAUAAAGCGAUCGAAUUCUAUCAACGAACAAGUCAACGUAAUGGCAUAUAUUGUGGACAAUUAGAAUUGAGAGAUUCAUCAUGGGAUAUGUUUAUUCAACGUAUACUUAUCGGUAUCGAUCGUGACAAUAACUAA